AUGUACUCUUCCAAACUCCUCGCUGUUGCGUUCGGCCUCCUCACUGUCCUCACAACCGCCGCCCCAACUUCUCCAAACCCCGCCCUUAUGUCCAAGGACUGGAGCCACGUCUUCACCCCAGAGAACUUCCUGGCUUCUACUGUCGAACCAGGCUCAUCAAUGGCCUCCAUUCUUAUCCCUGGCAUGGCGGAUGACCCGAAUGUCCCUCAGAUUCGAGGUGAACUCCGGAACCGUUGUCCUUUCACUGUCUGGGCUCGUCUCUCGAUUGCUGCAACCAGCUCCGGACCUACUCAUGAGCCCUGUGACUAUGCUGGCGAAACUGAGAUGGUCGAAGUCAAGUCAGGCGGGAGGUACAAGGCGCCUUUCCCGGCUGAGCUGAACCAAUGUGGUCACGUUAUAAAAGUCGCCUACCACGCAGCGGAUCUAAGGGUCUACCAGAUCGAAUACUCCGCGGACGGCCAUGACGGCCGUAUGUGGUACAACCUCUCCGCUGAGGACGGCGCGCCUUUCCAGGACGUUGAACGCUAUUUGGGUGGCCGCGGUCCUACUUGCCCUUUCGUGCACUGCGCACCUGGUCAAUGGGGUAAGGACCCGGUCCAUGGAUGCGAUUGGCCGAUCCAGCCCUUGUGCGAUACCUUGGGCAGUGUCGUCGCUGUUCUGUGCGGAAGGCGUUAG